UACUGAGACUAAAUCUUAUGAGCCAUUUCAAAGUGAACUAGGUGUUGUCGAAGAACUGGUGGUACGAGGACAGAAAAUGGUGAUUCCAAAAUCAUUGCGGAAUAGAUUUCUUCAAUUAGCACAUGAAGGACAUCCAGGUGAAUCAGCAAUGAAGCGAAGAUUACGUGAAAGAGUAUGGUGGCCGGGAAUGGAUAAAGAGGUCACCAAAUGGGUUUCUUUGUGCGAAGGAUGUCGAUUGGUUGGGUUACCACAAAAACCUGAACCAUUGCGUCGUAGACCUCUGCCAGCAGAAGCAUGGACUGAUGUGGCAAUUGAUUUUCUUGGUCCUCUGCCAUCUGGUGAAUACCUUUUUGUAAUAAUCGACUACUUCAGCAAGUACAAGGAGGUUGAAGUCAUGACCAAAAUUACUGCACGUGAUACUGUCGAAAGGCUUAGUAGUAUUUUUCGGCGAUUAGGUUUUCCCAGAACCAUUACGCUAGACAAUGCUAGGCAGUUUGUCAGUACGGAUUUCAGCGAAUAUUGCCAGCUACAUGGUAUUUUUCUCAACUACAGUACCCCUUAUUGGCCUCAACAGAAUGGAGAAGUAGAACGUCAAAAUCGUUCACUCUUGAAAAGACUACAAAUUAGUUGUGCUCUAAAGCGAAAUUGGCGUAAGGAUUUGGAUGACUAUUUAAUGAUGUAUUACUCAACUCCGCAUUCAACUACUGGGAAAACUCCUACAGAGCUUCUAACUGGUCGGACUAUUAGAACCAAAAUACCGUCAUUGAAGGAUAUAGAAACAGCUCCAUCAAGUGAAGACUUUCGAGAUCGUGAUUGGAUUCAAAAGUAUCGGUCUGUUGAUCGGGAGAAUGCUAAUCGGCAUGCUAAAGCAUCGAGAAUUGAGUUAGGAGAUACGGUUCUUAUGAAAAAUCUUACCCCUGGGAAUAAGUUAAGUACGACAUACGGACAGGCAGAAUACACAGUUCUUGAUAAAGAAGGAUCUCAUGUGACUAUUCAGAGCGAUGCGACAGGAAAGACUUUCCAGAGGAAUACAGCUCAUUUGAAAAAAAUUGAUCAACCAAUUGAAGGUGAGGUUGGUGAAUGUUCGGGUGUCAUUCCAGCACAACAGAUCCCGCCCACGCUUCAAUCAAUGGUCCAGGGUCAUCCAUCGAUUGACGAUACAACCCAUUCUUUGGAAGUGAACGAUAGCCAGACCAGACCAAAGCGUACCACCCGUAGACCAAUGAAAUAUGAUGACUACGUCGAGGAAUAUAUUGAAUAGCUAGGUCUGGAGA